AUGGCGGUCACGCAGCAGCGGUUUACGUGUGGUGUGUGUUCUAAUAGUGUAUCUGAAGAGGACUACGCUCUUGAGUGUGAAGGAUUUUGCUCUUCGUGGUUCCACCAUAAAUGUGUCAAGAUAAGUAAGAAGGAUUACGACCAGAUUAGCCGACUCGGGGAGAAAAUUCGAUGGUUCUGUGGUCCCUGUGAUGCCCGUAUGCAAACCGUCAUUUCAAGUGAUUGUGACUUAAAGAAUUUAUUAGUAACAGGCUUCAAUGAACUUAAAGAGGCUGUGAAUUCUGUGUGUAAGGUUCAAGAAAACACCAAAAAGAAGCUAAGUAAUAUCGUUACACAUCAUGUCAAACUUAGUACAAAUAUUAACCUUAUUGCCAAACAAUGUGGUUUAAAAGCGGAAGCAACGUCACGAGCAGACGAUGCAGACGACACUUCGCCUUCAAACGUCAUGGAGAAGAAAAACGAAAAUAAUCUCCCACUCCCAGUCAGUGAUGACAACUGCACGGCCUCAUUUUCUGACAACGACCUCCAGUCGUCUGCUACCAUCGCCAACGACGUUAGUAUGGCAGUGAUGGAACCAUAUAGCCCUGCCCCAUCAUCUGAUCUGACGAUGACGACCAACUUCAGUUUAGCGCAUGUUGGCGUUGGCACUCCUGUCUGUUCGAGAGUGGAAGUGGAAGACACUUGUAAAAACAAAAAUACUGCAAACUGCGAUGUAUUUAGCGCUGGUGAGGUUAGGAAACCUGAGAUGAAUGGUGAUAUAACGUAUGCGAGUGCACUUAAAAAUCCUCAGAAGCCCAAAUUGGGUCGUGAUAUCCCUGGUGUGAUUGGUACCAACGUCAAGACAACUCUAAAAUCAGUUGGAAAACAGGAGUGGCUAUUUAUCUCUAGACUCCAACCAUCUACAACGACUAUGGAUGUUUCCAACUUCCUCACAAGUGAAGGUAUCCAAAAUGUUGAAUGUACAGAACUGAAGAGUGUGGCUGAUGAUGUUGGAGGUUGGAGGAGAUAUAGCAUCGACCCCGAAGUGUUCUCUAGUUUCUUGAUGAGGAUGUUUGAUCGCCAUGUUUCCUUGGGGUGUUGCCGCAUCACAGAACCUACUCGUCUACUUGCCUGCAGCUACGAGCUAUUAAGAGACUCGUCUACUUGCCCGCAGCUACGAGCUGUUAAAGACUCGUCUACUUGCCUGCAGCUACGAGCUGUUAGAGAACAAGCAGCCAUAUUGGGAGAGCGAGACUCAGUCAAGAUGCAGAAGGCGGCCAGUGCCAUCGCAUGGAUGGCUUGCAAGUUAGCAGUCGACAACAAGUUUUUAUCUUCUUUCGCCAAGUCCACAAUGGCCAAAGAAACACACGGCUAUGGACGAUGACACCUCUUUUUCCUUGGCUUCCGUAGAUGCUAUUCCGGUUACCAGGAAAAUGUUACAGAACCACACCAAUGGGGAGCGAGUGAGAGAAAUGGUGUCUGCUCUCUGGUCGGAGCUCUGUGAGACACUGAAAGGGAAACUUGGACAAACAUCGGAGCAGUUGGAUUACUUAACAACAUCCAGGAUUCACCCAACUGAGAACUUCAUGAUUUGUCAUCUCCAUAUAUGAUCCUACAACUUAUACACCCAACUUAUAUAAUUACUUAUAUGAUGAGUGCUUAUAUGAUUUACUUUUAAUUGUCUUGCAACCGUGUGGUCACACUAAAUUAUCAAUUGUAUAACACUGGUGUAAAUAAAAUAUGAUA